GCUAUAUAAUGCUGGGAGCUGCAAAAGUGAGCGGCACGAUUCUGAGGUUCUACUUUCUGGCCGCGUUGGAGAGAUUUGUGGGGCGAAAGACAACAGAAAAACUGCGAGGAACUACAUAAAACUGCGAGGAACGAGCUGAUUAACUUCAGGAUUGGCGUCUUGCUGAACGUCCUUCUGAAUUCAUAUUCCUUUCAUCUACUUGCCAAAAGCUAGCAAGCUCCAAAGAUCUCACCAUGAUGCAGAUCAAUCACGACACCUACUUCAACAAGCACUCUCUGCUGAACGUGAUGAACCGCUUCAUGGCGGCAGCCAACAACAUGGACGAGACCAUCAUGGUGCCCAGCCUGCUGAGGGACAUGCCCCUGGACGAGCAGGACGAGGCUAUGGUCCCUGUCACCAAUAACAACGAGCCCACCUGCCCGAGCAAACAGAGGGACAUGUACGAGCACUACCUGCUGCUGAAGUCCCUCAAGAACGAGAUGGAGUGGGGUUUGCUGAAGCGGGAGAUGGCGGGUGGUGCCAGUUUCCUGGAGAUGGCGGUGAAGCAGGAGGAGGAGCAGCAGCAACAGGUGAACAGUGAGCAGGCUGAGGAGUCUUCAGACCUGGAGAGCCAGUUCCACUUCCACCUCACUGGACUGUUUGGGGUGCUGUCCAAGCUCACCGUACAGGCUGACCACCUAACGAAUAGAUACAAGAGGGAAAUUGGUGGCAGCAGCCUUCUGCGAUAGAAACAUUGACUCCUUAUGUACUGAACUUGUUCCUGAAACUUUGGCUAGAUAAAUGGACAGGCACUGGACUGGGAGUGAGAGCCAAAGUUGCCUUCAGACUUUUAAACUUCUAAGAAAUGCCACUAAACAUCAUCCUCAAUCCAUUUCCAGCUACAAUGCUAGUCCAAAGUACUGCUAGCUGGUUUAAAGAGGGCAUGGAAGGUAAUGAAUCUUGUUGCUGUUGGUCUCCUCAGCCUGAGGCCACGUGUAGCCUAUAAACGUGGUUGGAGUCUAGGAUUUGUUGGGGAAACCUUGAAUGCUGGUAAUUCUGUUUCUUCACUUGUGUUCAUUUGAAUUCUGUAGGCUUCACUGUACUGAACUCUGGUCAAAAAGUUGCAAGAAAGUUGGCAAGGUUCAUUUCAAGGAGAAAUAUAGUGUGCCUUGUUUUUCCAUGUUGUCCAAUUUAUCAGUUUGCCCUGUCCUAGUACAUUUUGUUACCACUUGUUUUUAAAGAUUGUCCUAAAAUAUUUCUAAUUUUAUAUGAAUUAAUUAAAUAUUAAAUAAAGUAGCCUUUUUUAGUA